AUGAGUUUUGUCACAGCAAAUGAAAUGGCUUCAGCUGAUAAUUUAAAUCAGUUGGAACCAACAUUUAUGUAUACUCAAAUAUUCAAGGAUAUUCUUCUUGAUAUGGAAUACGAUGAACAGGCCAUUGCACAGUUUACAACUUAUUGUCGACAACAUGAUUGCGGAUCGGCAAUCACUAUUGAUCGAUUUGAAAAGGAAUACUAUGCUCAAUCAGCUAUUUGGUGGUAUACUUAUCCAUCAUUUAUCUAUUCUAUGCUGAAUAAUGCUCUUCGCUCUAUGGAAGGCGAUACCAUUAUUAACAUGGGCUUUUUCAUACAGGAUCUUCAUCAACAAAUUCAACAAUUACACGAACAACAGGUUAAUAGUUAUAACGGCAAACCAUUUUUAGUUUACCGGGGACAAGGUUUAUCCAAAACAAAUUUCGAAAAACUACAAAGAACAAAACGCGGUUUAAUGUCCUUUAAUAACUUUUUAUCCACGAGCACCGAACAACACAUAGCUCUCGGACUCGCUACAACUGCGUCACACAACACAGAUAUGGUAGGCAUUCUUUUUAUAAUGUCCAUUGAUCCUUGUGUUAAAUCACCACCAUUUGGCUCCAUCAAAGAGAUGAGUUAUUUUAAGGAAGAAGAGGAAAUCCUCUUCUCAAUGCAUACCGUCUUUCGAGUGGGUACAAUUGAAGAAAUGGAAAACAACAAUGAGCUUUAUCAAGUUCAAUUACAAUUAACCUCAGAUGAUGAUGUGCAACUACGAUUGCUUACUGAUCGGAUACGAGAAGAAGUCGGUGGUACUGGAUGGCAGAGAUUGACUGACUUAUUGAUUAAAGUUGGUCAAUUUAAUAAAGCUGAAGAAUUUUAUAAUGUAUUAAUUGAACAGACAUCUCACGAGGAUGAAAAGCAACAUUACUAUAAUCGACUGGGAUAUGUCAAAGAUGAACAGGGUGAUUAUGAAAAGGCUAUUUGGUAUCAUGAACAAAGACUUGAAGUCUAUAAAAAAACUCGUCCAUCAAAUCAUUCGUCAUUGGCUACUUCAUACAGCAACAUCGGUAGUGUGUAUGACAAGAUGGGAGAGUACUCGAAAGCACUGUCAUUUUACGAAAAAGUACUUUUCAUACAACAAAAAAAUCUUCCUUCAAAUCAUCCUAAUUUGGCUACUUCAUACAACAAUAUCGCUUGCUUGUAUGACAACAUGACAGACUAUUUGAAAGCCUUAUCAUGUCUUGAACAUGCUCUGAACAUAUGGCAAGGUGCACUACCUCCAAGUCAUCCUCAUAUAAAAACGGUGAAAGAGAGUAUUGAAAUUGUUAAAAAGAAAUUAUAA